AUGAUGUCCUUCAACAUCUCCACUCUUCCAUUGGCCAGGGACGCAGUGUCUUUGGUACGCAGGUUGGAAAGGACUACAGGAGUGUCAUAUGAAUUAGGUAAAUAUGUUCAAGAUGUUUCAAGACAACAAGACAAGCCCCUCAAGGAGCAACUGACCAAGUGGACCAAGACAGUCACUGACAUUAAUAAUCACAUUAACAACAACAUAAUCACUAAUGCUAAUAAAUUAGACCCCGCACUUAGCGAUAAGAUAACGCGUCAAAUUGAGCCCGUGCAGAAGGUGGUGGCGCAGUUGGGGAGGGUGGCGAAAAAUGAUGCUGUCAUCCAGCAGGCUAAAAAAGUAGAUGACGAGUUGUCCAACCAAAAACAGAUAAUGUUGAAUCAUAUAGAUGGGCAAUGUGAUGUGCUCCUAGAUAUUAUGAAAAAUGAGCUUUUGAUGGUUUCGAGGAAAAUUCAUAAUUCGGCGUCUCAAAGGACGUUGAAUGAUGCUCAGCAUUAUUUACGAAAAAUUGAUGUCGAAUAUACUGAUACGAUUCAAAAGCAUUUUAAUGAAAUUAGCGGCAAGGUAACUGAAUUGGAUCCAAAAAACACGGAUUCCGGUGCUUUCGAUGAUGAAUGCAGAAUACGCAGGGAUGUUGUCGGUGUUAGAAGGAAGCUUGUGAGCAUAGGGGAAAACUUAGAGAUCUACAUGGCAGACUUGGAUAGAUGGAUGGAGGAAGCUAAAACAAUUAUUGAUGCAGCGAAGCAGAAUUAUGCUGACAAAAUACUCGACAUAGCUAAGGGCGUCGCUGGAAGUAAGAAAAACAUUAUCCUUAAUGCUGCGGAUGAGGUAGAAGAGAAAAUUGUUAGUCCACUGAAGGAUUACAUUCAAAAGGAGGUUAUUGGUGAAAUAACUAGGAUGGUGGAAAAAGCCCAAAGCGAAGUGAACGCAUUGGAUGGGAAAGUGCGGAAGGAUUUGGAAGACAUAAAAACGAAAAUAGAUAAUGGGAUAUGGGAUUACAUUGUACACUUGUCUAAAGCGGCAAAGGAAGAUAAUCUUAAUGACAUUGUCGAUCAGCUGAAUGUGAAAAGUAAAUUGGGGGAAUGGGUGUGGGAGAUGUUAAAGGGCAACAGUGAACCUAUGGCCUCAGAGAUUGUGAAAGGUCUUAAAGCGUUUGCGCAGGGUGCGAAUGGAGACAAUAUAAAACAUCUGCUUACCAAGCCUUGUAUUUUGAUCUUCAGAAGAGAUUUGCAUCCGACGCUUUCAAGGCAGCUGAUGCGUUUAGCACACACGUUAAAAAUGUCAUGA